AUGUAUGGUCCAAGAAUGGCUUGGACAAUGGAAUUAUUAAUUAUUGGAAUAACUACUCUUCUUUGGAUAAUUUUCUACAAAAGAAUGGUUCCAUUAUUGUCUUCUCCAUAUACUUCAAAUAGCACUAAAAGGAAAUUUACUGUUCAAAAUAUUUUUUGGAUUUCGUCGAUUAAGGGUUGAAGAAUCGAAAAAUAUUUUUUUUAGAAUUUUUUAUUUUUUUUCUAGUCUUUGUUAUUUUUGUAUAAAUAUAUUCUCCCUCCCUACCGCUCACAAAAAUAAGCAAAAAUUGAAACCAUAUUUUUUUUUCUUAAAAUGUUGUCAGGUUA